UUCUGUUCAUUAUUAAUCAUUCCUUUUCUGUUUGCUCUUCCUAACUAGGAAUCAAGGCUGUUGCUUCGGUGAUGCAGAAGCCCCAGUUCAAUACAACUGGAAGGGCUUUUCUGAUGUAAACUUGGCAAAGGGGAAAAGCUCAGGAGCUCUCGCAUCCUGCAGGGCAAAUGGAGCUGCUACCGGCCUUCGUGCUCUGCACCAUUUUGCUCUGCUCCAGUGCCCAAAGUCCACCCUCUGUGGCUUCAGCAGACUGCCAUGAGACAGAAAAGGAUGCCGGGGUGGCCCUUGACUUGAUCAAUAAGCACCGCAGGGACGGCUACAUCUUCUCCCUGCUGCGGGUUGCGGACGCUCACGUCCAACAUGUUGAAAACGCAUCCAUCUUUUACUUUAUUCUGGAUGUGCUGGAAACAGAAUGUCCUGUCCUCUCCAGGAAACACUGGGAGACCUGUGAAUACGGGCCCUUCUUUGGCACCUCGGACUUUGGGCGCUGUAAUGCUGUUGUCUACAUAGAUCAAGCACUUCAAGGAGAAAGGCUGUAUGGAUACAAUUGUACUAUGAGCCCAGUGCCACCAAAAUUGUAUGAGUGCAAACGAUGUCCAGUCAGGAUCACAGUCUUGGAAAAUGUUCAGCAGUACGGUGCAGAAGCUGAGAGGAUCCUGGAACAGUACAUUCAGGAGAGCAAUGAGACUAAACAUUUCAAGGUGGCUCGAGUCACAAAAGCUUUGUUAGGGGUAGCAGAUCGUACUACAUAUUAUGUAGAAUUUACCAUAAAGGAGACCACAUGCUCUAAGAACAAGCUGCCGUCAUCGGUGUCUGGAUGCAAAUUUCUUCCUGAUCGAGAAGCGCACACUGGAUUCUGCAUAGGGAAAGUGCUUAACGGCACAAAAGACCUUGACGGCGUUGAAGUAGAGUCCUGUGAAAUCUACGAAAGCCAGCUCGGGAGACACCCCAUCCACGGUCACCCCCACAAUGAUACUGGAGAAUCCCAUCCCUACUGCAACGUUUGUGGGCACAGAGGCCGAGACCAUUGGCACAGACGUCAUCACCAUCAUCAUCCUGACCACCAUCGUCCAUGUUCUCCUCACCACCACCAUCAUCGUCCUCCCCACAAUGAUACCGGAGAACGCCAUCCCCCCAGCAACGUUUCUGAGCACAAAUGCCACCACCCAUGGCACAUCCAUCAUCAUCAUCCUGACGACCCUCGUCCAUGUCGUCCUCACCACCACCACCACCACCACCACCACAGCCACCAUUCUCCUCCUCCACGCCAGCACCAUCAUUGUCCCGACUGUCCCCAUCAUCAUCCUCCCUACGGUCAUCACAGAGAUAGGCACAGCCACGGCCAUCAUCCCUGCGGCUCUGCAGGGCCCGUCGAUCGUUCUAAUUCCUCCAAAGAGAGCCAAGAAAAAGUCUAUCCGGACAUUCCUCCUCCCCCUGGACGCUAUUACCCUCCUCCCCCACCAGGUGGCCCACACCACUUUCCCCCUAGUAAAUUUCCCCCACCACCAGCCGGGCCCCCACCUCCCCCUCAUCGUCACCACCAUCCAGAAGGACCCGAUUUCCGUCCACCGCCGCGAUCCCCCUGUGGCCGCCGGCACGGCCACCACCACGAACACCGGUGGAACGACACUUUGCACAAAAACAGAGAAAACACUUCCUCAAAAGACCAUGAGUCGUUCCAGUCCCCCCAUUCUUUCCUUGAAGUUGAGGUUGCUUCGGUCUAUCGCGUUCCGUUGGCGAGCGAACGUGAUGUUCUCCAGGCUCCCGGUGCAGAUUUCAUUUUCCCUUCACACGACAAAUAUGAGAAAGCAGUUGCUCGGCCUUUUCCACUCACCCCUUCGGAUUCGGAAUCGUGUCCAGGAAAGCCCACCAUUGAUCCGCCCUUUGACCUUCUGUCUUUGUAUCCCCCUCCCCUUACCCGUUGAACGCAUUUCCAUUCAAUGAUAGCAUUUAAAAUUACAAACGUGUAGCUUAAUUGACCUCAGCAAUGUGGUGUUACUGUUUCUGAGCUACAGUCCGGAAAAUAAAAAUACCCGUGUGCCAAA